AUGAAGUCUACAGCAUGCCGAGCCGAGCAUGGAAGGCGGCAAUGCAGCUGGCUUCAAGGUCUGCCGCAGCGAAGGAGGCGCCACGGCCAUGAAUGGCUCACCGGAGUCGACCCGAAACACGGACACCGUUCCUGCACCGCGGACCUGCGCAUUGGCUGGCUUCAACUCCCGGGACACGUACAACAUGCCGUGCACAUGCUGGCCAUCAAUGACGAUGGGGAAGGACCGCUCGCGAUGGUUGCCAGGCUCUGCACUGCCGUCACGACGCAGGCCGAGUUCGUUGGAAGCACCAGUGGCUCGCACAAGAUCGACCACUUGGACACUCACGGGUGCGACGCCUAUUUCAACUGGCGCGCCCUCGACGCUGCCGAGGCCGCCUGCCCGAUCCUGAACCCGAAUUGGCGACCGUUUGUCGCGAAGGAGGACUCGGGGGUCGUUGAUCAUGGCUUCGUGAACGAAGUGGGACCCGCUGGUGUGUUGGACGUCUUUUGCGAUGCUUUCGUGAAUGAAGAGGGCCCCGCUGACGGGUCGGACAUCGUUGCCGCUGGCACGAUGGAUUCUGACCCCGUCGAGGACGGUGGAGUGGAUGACGAGCAACCUCGUGCCGCUGAAACGGUGGCUUCUGACAUCGUCGAGGACGGUGGAGUGGAUGACGAGCAACCUCGUGCCGCUGAAACGGUGGCUUCUGACAUCGUCGAGGACGGUGGAGUGGAUGACGAGCAACCUCGUGCCGCUGAAACGGUGGCUUCUGACAUCGUCGAGGACGGUGGAGUGGAUGACGGUGUGGUGGACAACGCUGGGGCCACGGUGGUAUGGCGAUCUGGCAACAGCAGACAGGAGGCGGAAAAUGAUCCUCCAGCAGCACAGGAGAAAGAAAGCUCAGAUAUUCCUGGAGCGCAGGAGGAGGAGAAGGGGAAGGAUCCUUCUGCAGCAAAGGAGAAGGCAGGCUUCGAUCCUCAAACUAAGGAGAACGACAGUCAUCCUCCUACAACUACAGCAAAGGCUAAUUUGAUCGACCGCCUGAAGCGCCUGUCGCUCAACGGUGCAGCCAAUGUCGCACAAGCGACCUUGCUUCGAGAGCAAGCCGAGCUGACUUACACAAAGUCAAAAAUCCGGGAGGAAAUGCCAAUUUUCCAGGCGCAGGAGUCGCCGGCCACCAGAAAGGCCUGGCGAACUCUGUUGCGCAAAUGGCAUCCGGACAAGAACCCAAACAACCUGAAGGUGGCAGAGCAGAUGACCAAAUUCAUCACCGAUGUACGGGGCCAAGUGACCAAGCCGGAUUGUUGA